GCCACCUCAGCGGCCCGCGGCCGCCCGCCCCGCCGCCUCACCGUUUUUCAAGGCGACUCCUUCGGCGGGGCGGACGGGGCCCGGCCUUCCCUCCCUCCCUCCGGGACGCGCCGCCGCCGUCGGUCGUCGUCGGCCGGGGAAAAUGGAGGGGCGUCGAUCUCUCAACGGGCCCGAGGCCGCCCCCACCGAGGCGGUGGAGUCCGACGACGACGGGCCGGAGGUCACCGUCGGCUACGAUAUCCAUUUCACCGUGACCCAUGUUUUAAGCGUAACCGCCGGCCGCUCCGUGGACGAGGCCCCCGAAGGCCCGGCCGGCCGCCUCGACGGUCGCAGUCCCGGCCGCCCCGUCGGUGGCGCCGCCCGCCGCCCUUCCCCCGAUCCCGGCCCCGCCACCGGAAUCCUGGAGAUGGAUUAUAAGGGGCAAGAACUAGCAGAGCAGAUAUUUAUGGGAAUCAUCCAGAUAUCGGCUGUCAUUGGUUUUAUCCUUGGCUAUUGGGUUGAAGAUUUCGGUUGGACCAUCUCUAUAUUCCUAAGUGGACUUCUUAUUUCCUGCAUGAUGACAAUCCCUCCGUGGCCCAUGUACCGCCAACAUCCCUUAAAGUGGCUACCUGUUCAGGAUUCAAGAUUAAGGAGCCAAAGAUAAGAAAACAGCAGCAAGAAACAGAAGGCAGGUUUAAGAGGGGCCUUUUUAGUGAAGCUUCCAGGAUUUGUGAUCCAAAUAAGUGUUACAAUGGACAGAAAAAUAGAAGAGCUACCUAAAGAACAAAUGCUGCUUGUUUGAGCUAGUCGUUUCUGUCAUUGAGUUAAUAAAGCAUCCUAAAACAGAACUACA